AUGCAAUUUACAGGAUCGCUUUCAAAAUGUCAUUUUAAAAUACCAAUUACGACCAGUUUGGUAAAGAGUGAUCAGUUGCAAUUUAAGGAAUUUCUUCCCCUAAAAUCUACGAAUUAUGUAAUGAGUAAUUAUACGAAACCACGAGGUGAAACUUGUACAAAAGAGCUACAAGCCCUUUUUGAUUGCUUGAAAAAAUGGGAGCAUGAUAAUUUGCCUUGCGCAGACUUCAAUCGAGAUUAUAUGGAUUGCGUGAGUAGGACCUAUAAAGCAAAUAAGGAGCUUGCUGAAGCUGCAAAGAAGGGUGUACUUGACGGUUCAGUCGAUGGACGAACAACAUUGACCAAGUACCAGAUAAAUAACUUGAUGGCAAAAUAUCCACAACCUCAACUAGGUCAGUAUCCAUAUAAAGCGCUUAAGCGAUUGCCGAAUCAGUCAUAUGCAGAUGAUAUCUUCCAUCGGAAGAAAAAAUAUGGGAAAGCUAACUGA